UGGUUCAUGACAUCAGUGUUUGCAGAGGAGUCGCUGCUGCACUGGAGGAAGGAGCCUCUUAACACACAGCUUCUCUGUCCUUUGUUAGUUUCAGCAAAACAAAUUGCCGUAAAUUUGGGAUAUAUCAUCAGGCACUGGCUAGACAUCACCUGCAAGGUUAUCACUUUACGCUUUUGGUGUGAACAACUGAAGCACUUUUGAUCUGAUCCUGUUGAGGUUUGGAGCCAUGCAGAAGACACACAGUGAAGGGGUUUGGGCUGAUGGAGCUCCACAGAGACUGUCCUGGAGCGGCCUGGUGCAGAAACUCAGCAGCAGUCACAGCAUUGACUCGGACUCUGAACACAGUGGCACAGAUGAUGGCUCUGACACUGGUUCUGUGUCUCUUCCCGACUUGUCCGCUCUGGACGCCGAUAUGUUUUACGACCCAACAGAGGAGAGUCUCUGCAAAGAAGUAGUUCAACAGAUAGCUCUUAGCCUGAUCGAAGCAAAAGGUUGCACACUGCACUGCUCCAAACUUCUCAUCCCCAACAAGCUCCUGGAGCACAUAGGGAGCGAACUGGUGCAACUGGCCGCAAGCGAGCCCUGCGGCCUCCGGGGGGCGCUCAUCGAUCUGUGUGUGCAGCAAGGAGAGACGGUUCACAGCGUAGGCCAGAUUGCUGCUGACCCCUGUCUCGUUCCCACCUUCCAGCUUACGCUCGUCCUCCGGCCUGAAUCGGGAGGCAUCUGGCCAAAGAUCCAGUGCUUGUUCACUGCCAAAUCCUCAUCUGCGCCUCUGAGAGGGGCCCUAAAACUUAGCACUGGCUUCAGAGUCAUCAAAAGGAAACUGUACAGCUCAGAAGAGCUGCUUAUUGAAGAAUGUUGAGUCUCAAGGACUAAAUCUGGACAUUUCUGGCUCUGUUAGGUCACUGUUUUAGUGAUCGGUGAGCCGUUCUCAAUACUGUGUGUCGAGCGACUUUAUAUCGAAGAUAUUGCAGGUCUCACUUUUGUCACCAGGUGUUUAUAUGAAAAGAGCAUAGGGUACACAAAAUGUAAAAGCAUUCUCCUAUUCACUGAUUGCUGUAUAUACGUUAUGAAUACCGCAUUCAUGUAUUGCACUUCUUUCAGGCAGUUUUUCCAACAUGUCUAAUGUCAUUUUGUCAACUGCUUUGAAAUGUUUACCUCACUUUUAUUUUCUGAAAAGUGACUGUGGCAGCUAUUUCAACAUAUUUUUUUGUUUUGUUUUAAUCCAGUGAGCACCAUUUCAUGAUAAGUUUGAUCUUUUAGUUAAAAUGGACUCUUGGCAUCACUUGUUUUUAAACACAUUUGUCAUGCAUAUUCACUUGUGCAUCAUUUAUUUAUUUGAUAUUCAAAUACUGUUACGUUUUAUACGUGCAUUAAGAAACACAGAAAAUAAAUUAUUUUUGAAGAAA